ACAGUCAGCGACGUGAGCUGGAGUCCGGACGGGAGGAGGAUCGCGGCCUGGUCAUAUUCAAGGAAGAUACGGGUGUGGGAGGUAGAGACGGGGAGGUGUCAAGUGGUGCUGGAGGCUGAAGGAGAUACAGUCAGCGACGUGAGCUGGAGUCCGGACGGGAGGAGGAUCGCGGCCUGGUCAUCAGGCGACGGGGGCAAGAUACGGGUGUGGGAAGAGACGGGGAGAUGUCAGGUGCUGGAGGCUGAAGGAGAUACAGUCAGCGACGUGGGCUGGAGUAGUGUUUGCUGCAGUCCGCCGGACGGGAGGAGGAUCGCGGCCUGGUCAUCAGGCGACGGGCAGAAGAUAUGGGUGUGGGAGGUAGAGACGGGGAGGUGUCAGGUGCUGGAGGCUGAAGGAGAUACAGUCAGCAACGUGAGCUGGAGUCCGGACGGGAGGAGGAUCGCUGCAAGGUCAUCAGGCGACGGGCAGAAGAUACGGGUGUGGGAGGUAGAGACGGGGAGGUGUCAGGUGCUGGAGGCUGAAGGAGAUGAACUCAGCGACAUGAGCUGGCACUGGAGCCCGGACGGGAGGAGGAUCGCUGCAAGGUCCUAUUUAUACAACAAGAAGAUAUGGGUGUGGGAGGUAGAGCUUCGGACGGGGAGGUGUCAGGUGCUGGAGGCUGAAGGAGAUACAGUCAGCGACGUGAGCUGGAGUCCGGACGGGAGGAGGAUCGCUGCAAGGUCAUCAGGCGACGGAGGCAAGAUACGGGUGUGGGAAGAGACGGGGAGGUGUCAGGUGCUGGAGGCUGAAGGAGAUACAGUCAGCGACGUGAGCUGGAGUCCGGACGGGAGGAGGAUCGCGGCCUGGUCAACAGGAUACAACAAGAAGAUACGGGUGUGGGAGGUAGAGACGGGGAGGUGUCAGGCUCUUUUUGGGCAUAAAGGAAUCGUCAGUGAUGUGAGCUGGGGGCGGCAUGCAGAUGUUUUGUUUUCUUUUUCUCGUGAUGAUCAUUGUUUCAAGUGCUGGUCGCGUUUAAGUGACGGAUGCUUUCUUCUCUCAGUUGAUCUCAAUUGUUUCGGCAACGAACUAAUGUUUCGAGAUGCCACGAUCGAUCAGAGUAUUCCAUGUUCAAUUAAGGAAAUGCUGGAGGAUAUGGGCGCAAAGAGUCUUUGA